AUGGCAAGUCCGAGAACAAGGAAAGUUCUGAAGGAAGUCAGAGCACAAGAUGAGAACAAUGUCUGUUUCGAAUGUGGUGCGUUUAACCCCCAGUGGGUGAGCGUGACCUAUGGAAUUUGGAUCUGUCUGGAGUGCUCAGGAAAACACCGAGGCUUGGGAGUUCACCUCAGUUUUGUACGUUCUGUAACUAUGGACAAAUGGAAGGAUAUUGAGCUGGAGAAAAUGAAGGCUGGAGGUAACAGCAAAUUUCGAGAGUUCUUGGAGUCUCAAGAUGACUAUGAUCCCUGCUGGUCAAUGCAAGAGAAGUACAACAGCAAAGCUGCAGCUCUCUUUAGAGAUCAG